AACCAACACAGUUAGACCCAACCUCGUCAACCACUACUCCUAGCGUUCCAAACAAAACCCCAAAACAUUUCUUUGUUUUUCUUCUUUCUGCUCAUAAAAAAAAUACAAUCUUUUUCUUUACCAUAAUUAUCAAUUAUUAUUUUUAAUUACUACAAGGUUGGUUUCAUUUAGUGCAAAACCUUGCUGGUGAAGCGAAUUUUGAUUUUUUUUUAAGUCGUUGGAAUUUCACUGUCUUUCUAUCUGAUCAAAUCAAACUCUGUGUGACUCGUUGUUGUGACUCAGCGAUUCGCCCGUUUGACUCCUUUUGAAGCAACCCUUUUGCUAUUUCCCUGUGAUGAUGGGUUUUCAAUUUUUCUGUUGGGUUCACUGCAAUCAUCAGCUGCUUGAAUUCGGAACUGGGUUGUUGACAUAACAUUCUUUUGAGACAUGGUUUGUUUGGGGUUUGAUAUGGUUGAGGUUGAUGCUCAAAGGUUGGAGCUUUGGUUUGUUAAGAGGAAGGGAGAUGGAGUUUUGUUGAGGAUUGUGUUUGGGUGGUUGGUGUUUAUGUUGUUUCUUAGUCCUGUGGUUGGUCUCAGACCCUUAAGGGAUAAAACUGGUUCAUGGGGUGAUGAGUGGAUUUUUUCCGGAAAAGACGAAAGCGACUUAGGUCCAUUUUCACAGUGGAACAUAACUGGAACUUACAGAGGGACUUGGAAGUUUUUAGAAACUACAAAUGGCUCUUAUAGAUUUCCAGACAUUCGAAAAGUAAAUGGAAACUCUGUAAUUGAAUUAGUUAGUACGCCCACAAAGAUAACUGGUGUACAUUAUGUGCAGGGAGUAGUUAUAUUCCAUGAUGUGUUUGACAACGAAUACAAUGUUGGCGGCGCUCAAAUCAAAAUAGAAGGUGUAUAUAUAUGGCCUUUUAGACAACUUCGAAUGGUUGCCAACAGCGGAAAAGAGGGAGGGUUGAAUCAGGAUGGAGAUUAUAUGUUAUCAAAUCCAUAUCAUCUGCUUGGAGUUUUCUCUUCUCAAGUAUUCCAAGAUUCUUCACGACAUACGAUGUGGAGAAGAAAGCAUUCUCCAUUGCAUGGCAUGGACAAAAAUUGUAAUGUUGAAAUUUCAGCACGGGUUUCACGCUUGUCAUCGUCAAAACAUGAAGGGGAGCACGACUCUUUUCAGCUGGAAGGCUUAAUGGAAAGUCCGUCCGUGGAUGAUGACGGAGAUUGCUUCUCGCCGUUACAGUUAAAUGCAACAUCUAUUAAUAUCGGAGUAUACUACAAUAAAGCAGUGAACUAUACCUUGAUGGUUACUUUUGUCUCAUUCUUGCAAGUUCUUCUGUUGAUUCGACAAAUGGAGCAUAGCAACACCCAAUCUGGGGCUGCUAAGGUUUCAAUAAUAAUGAUUGGCCAGCAAGCUAUAGUGGAUGCUUAUCUUUGCCUUGUGCAUCUGACAGCCGGAAUUCUAGUUGAGUCCUUGUUCAAUGCUUUUGCAACUGCAGCAUUCUUCAAGUUUGUAGUUUUCUCAAUAUUCGAGAUGAGAUAUCUCCUCGCCAUUUGGAAGGCGAGUCGGCCUUUGAGUAAUGGCGAAGGUUGGGAGAUAAUGAGGCGCGAGCUUUCAGUUUUAUACAGCCGUUUCUAUGGGAUCCUGUUAGGGGGAAUUCUAUUCAUGUAUGAAUUCCAUAAUUAUAUGAGACCUAUUCUUCUUCUUGUAUACUCCUUUUGGAUACCUCAGAUAAUAACAAAUGUUGUUCGCGAUUCACGCAAACCAUUGCAUCCUCAUUAUAUAUUAGGUGUAACCGUUACUCGGCUAGCUAUCCCGUUAUAUGUUUUUGGUUGUCCUAACAACUUCUUGCGCAUAGAACCGGAUCAGAGCUGGUGCGUUUGUUUGGUUUUAUUUAUUGGAUUCCAAGCCGUAAUUCUCCUCCUUCAGCAUUAUCUCGGCUCCCGUUGGUUCAUUCCUCAUCAGAUUCUACCUGAGAAAUACAGCUAUUAUAGAAGAUCUUCUCAGGAUAUAAAUCAUGCAACAGACUGUGUUAUUUGCAUGACAGCCAUCGAUAUCACGCCGCGAUCAAAUGAUUGCAUGGUGACGCCUUGUGAUCAUUUUUUCCACACCGGCUGUUUACAAAGAUGGAUGGAUAUAAAGAUGGAGUGCCCGACAUGCCGGCGUCCGCUCCCACCUGCAUGAAUAGAUUUCCGCAAUGUUCAUAUCAAUAGGAUCAACUGACACUGUCCAACUCAUAUAAUUUCGGUUGGGAUAGAAUCCAUAUUGGGUAUAAUUGAGGUUCAGUAAAAGGCUGAAACAUACUUCAGAUAAUUGUAUCAAUGCAACAUUUGUUUGUAACUGGUUAAUAGUGUUUUUUUUUUUUAGUGGUUGUUUCUAUAAUAAUGUUGUAUAUUAGAAAUUUCAUAAGAUAAUAUUUUGAAUUCCUCCAUUCGCUUUCA